AUGCGCCAUGAUUAUCUGUCGCGGAUAGUUAGGAUAAAUCCGCCGUCCAAUGUCCCCCCAGGGCUUGAUGUUCAGCCUCUGUCUGAACAGGCCUGGUUAGAUGAUUUUGAGCAGCUUGCUGGAGCUAAUGAGUCUGAACUGUCUUUGCGUGUUUACAGACGCCGGGAAUCUAUUUUUCGUUCUAUGAUGGCCAACCAUGUCACUAUUUCUGUGGGUGGGCAAGCUGGUGGGGAGGAUAUUUUGGCCCAGGUGAAUGAGAUGAGGCCUUUUCCGAACUACGUGGAAGAGAAUGUCGUUCCUGGGGAUUCGACGCCCUUCCUUUCUGAGGCCUCUGCUUUUGGUCCCUUACACGCGAAGCUGAACACUAAGUGGACUGAUGAUGCGCGAAAAGAGAAUCAUGCUGUUGUUGGUAAAGAGUUUUAUGGUCUGCCUGAUGGUUAUCGACUCAUCGUGCCAGACGAUGAUGCUCGGAUUACUCAUCCACCAGAGGGGUGCAUAGGUGUUUAUGCCUAUAGUCUGGAUUUUGGUCUGCGCUUUCCUCUGGAUCCUACCCUGGUGAAGAUUCUUCGUGCUUUUAACGUUUGCUUAGCUCAGCUCCAUCCCUUCGCUGUUCGUACUUUGAUCAGCUAUAUUUGGGUCUGUCGGUUUUUGGAGUUUCCCGGGACCCUUUCUCUCUGUAAGCGAGUCCAUCAUCUGCGCAACAGCGGUACUGGGAACAAGAUUGGUUGGUUUUCCAUCUAUUGCAAUCGUGGAAGAUUGACCUGCCAUGGGAUGCCUACCGGUCAAAAGGAAUGGAAGGAUAGGUUUUACUGGCUCGCUGUCCCUGCUGACUUUCCUGUUGCUCGGGGCUUUGUUCGACCUCGGACUCGGCUAGAGGGAGUCGAGAUUUUGGAUGGUGCUGUCUUGGAGGAGAGGGCUUUUGAGCAUUUUUCAUCUGAGCCCAAGCUUAAUGCUGCUGGUAAAGAGGUUGGGCGGUUAGUUCUGCGUUACUUUCUCACUUCAUGUUUUCUUUUCUCUUUGUGCGAGUUGUUUUUUCUCUUCCUUACGUUUUUUUUAUUUUUUUUUUAUUUUUUUUAUUUUUUAGGUCGUCAAUUCUUGAAUCUUGAGGAAUUGGGUGUUCGGGCUGAUGGUUCUUUCAUCUGCACUGCUCCCCCAGAUCCUGCUGCGAAUGGGUAUCAAAUUUUGGCUGACCAAAUAGAGGGCAGCAGGAGAAGUUCUACACGCCGAUCUGGUCGGGGUGGCGGUUCUGGGAUCGUUCCCAGAGUGUCUCGGGUGGUCUCCUCUACAAACACUGGCUCUGCGAGCACCCCUAUUCGCCGAGGGCAGACCUCUCGCGGAGCUUCCCAUCGUGGUGCUCUGUCAGCCUCUCGUCGUGGCCGAGCUGAUUUCGAGGCUGGGCUCGAGGCUCCGACAGAGGAUGCAGGCCAUGAUUUUGGGGAAGUGGCUGGUGAGGUAUGUGACCAGCCAGGUCGUUCGGGCUCUGCGUCGGAACCUGUGGAUAUCGAAGCUGAGGAGCCGCCUUUUGUUCAGCGUCCUGGGAAACAACCUAGGCUUGAUGGUGGAGCUGAGUUACUUCGGGCCUCCCCUUCUGCGGCUGAUCCCCAUCGUAGCAACACUUCUGGUAGCUCUUUUCGACAGUUUCUGGAGCACGAGCUUCAAGGAAGUGAUCUGGCUGCUGAUGAUCUUGACCUGCAUAUCACGGGUCGGCAUAAGGAGUUUGUUGAGAAAGAAUUUCUCGACAUUCGUCCCCAGGCCGACCCUGAGCUGGCUGCUAUCUUCUCUGGUCCUUCUGCUUCGGAUCGUACUUUUGCCCCGCGCUGGGAUGUGUCCGAAUCAGAGAGCUUAUAUGGGAACUACCCAGAGAAAGGCGGGACGCUUGCCCUGAGGAUGUUAAGAGGUUUGCAGUUGCCCAGCGACCUGCCCAAAGAGCGUUUGUAUACUCCUGGGGCGAAUGCCUGCCAGAAGGUCAUGGAGUGUGGCAACGCUGUUCGUGAGUUGACAGAAGUUUUCAUAGUUUACCAGAAACGACUUGCUGCCAACGUUGCUCACAUGGAGGCCCAGAAGAAGAGAAUUGAGGAGCUAACUGCUGAUCUGGAGUUAUCAUCGACCUGUCUCACUUCGGCUAAUGAUCAAUUGAAGAUUGUUACUGAAGAGCGUGAUCAGCUGCAGGCUAGCUUUUCCCAGGCCCAAAUUGAUCUGGUCACCGGACAGCAGAAAAUUGAGACUCUUCAGCAAGACUUUCUCUCUGUUGAGCAGUCUCAUGAUAAUGAGAUGGCCCAACUGCAGAACUCCAUCGAAGAUCAACUUGCGGCUGCCAUUCGCGACUUCCGUCGGUCAGAUGAGCAGUAUGCUCUGCGCACUCAGAGCUAUGAUGGCGGGUGGAAGGCUGCUUCGCUAAUAGUGCAAGAAAAGCAUCCUGAUCUUGACUGGUCUCCUAUCGAAGCUGCUUGGUUGGCUGGGCUCCAUGUUGAACUUCUGAGAAAGAAGAGGGAGGCCGAGCAAGCGUCUCUGGCUGCAGGCGGUGUGGUGCCAGAGGAUGAUGGGGUGCCUGAUCAUUGUGUUGAAAAUGUUCACCCUGGGGAAUUGCCUCUGUCUGAUGCUGAAGAUGAUGUUGGGCAAUAAUGGCACAGGCGGCUGUCCCCAUGUUCAUCUUGCACUACCUCAGCCAAUGCAUAGUUUAUUUCUUUUGGUAGUUUUUGUCCUCCCUGCGUGGAGAGUAAGAAUUUGUUUCUGGGAAUAAUAUUUAUCGUUUUUAGUUUUGAUCAACAAUGGCCAUUUUUGUAGGGCUGUACAUUGCAUAAGUUUUUGAGGUAUAGCCGCCGGUCCCAUUGUUUGUUAACUCGUCGUGCCUAUGCUGCGUUUUACCUUGUUGCUUUUUGCUUGCUAUUUUUUACUGUUUUGUUUCCCCCAUAUUUCCAUUUGGCCUGCUUUGCAUGCUUGAUUGCCCUGGCUUUGGCCAGGGCAAAACUCAAAAAGUAUUUCUAUAUUCGCCUCGACCUGUUUUGGACUGUGUAUUGUUGAAUUGUCCUGGCUUUGGCCAGGACAAAAACCGAGAAGUGUUUUCAAAUUUGCUCCAGCCUACUUUGGGCUGCGUAUCAUUGAAUUGUCCUGGUCUUGGCCAGGACAAAACUCAAGAAGUAUCUUCAUAUUUAUUUCAGCCUACUUUGGCUGUGUAUUAUUGAAUUGUCCUGGCUUUGGCCAGGACAAAGCUCAAGAAGUAUCUUCAUAUUUAUUCCAGCCUACUUUGGCUGCGCAUUAUUGAAUUGCCCUGGCUAGAAGUAUCUUCAUAUUUAUUCCAGCCUACUUUGGCUGCGUAUUAUUGAAUUGUCCUGGCUUUGGCCAGGACAAAACUCGCGAAACGUUUUCGCUUAAAUCUCGUUGAGAAAAAACUUACCCAAUAACUUGGUUGAUCAGACCAAGUUAUUCGUGGGUAGCGUUUCUCUCCGAGUUUUAGCCGUUUACCUUUUAUUUUUCCAAGAGACCUGACGCGCUUUCUUCUCAUCGAAGGUAGUUGGGCCAAUUUUUAUUAUGCUUGUAAGCGUGGAAAGUUACAAAAGAAAAGAGAUUCACUUUGGCUUCUAUUGCCUUGUUAUAAUAUUAACUUCUUGUGUCUAUACAUAGUAUUUCUUUAGCAUGUUGGCGUUCCAGCUGUCUUCAAUUCUCUUCCUUCCAUCGUCAUUAGAUGGUACGAGCCUGGGGCUACUUCUUUUGUGAUCUGGUAAGGUCCUUCCCAAUUGGCAGUGAAUUUUCCCUCUGCCUUUCCCUUUCCAGUGGCAGCUGUUCUUCUGAGGACCAGAUCCCCCACCUGCAUGGGUCUGUGCUUUACCCUCUUGUUGUAUGCCCUGCUCAUUUUUUCUUUGUUUGCUGCCAACUUGAGCUCUGCUUGCAGCCUGACUUCUGGUAAGAAAUCUAAUGCUUCCCUCAUACGCUGCUCGUUAGUGCCUUCCUCAUAAUACUGCACUCUAAAGCUAGGUAGACCCACUUCGACAGGCAGGACCGCCUCAGCCCCAAAAGCUAGUUUGUAAGGACUUUCUCCUGUUGCUUCUUUUUCAGUGGUCCUGUUGGACCACAAGAUCUCUGGAAUGAGGUCGGCCCAUGCACCCUUAAAAUCUUCUACCUUCUUUCGCAGUGCUCCCAGGAUUUGUUUAUUUGCUGCCUCUGCCUGACCAUUGCUCUGGGGAUGGCACACAGAUGCGUAUGCGAAUUUUAUUCUUAGUUCAGCGCAGUAAUCCUUUAUCGGAGUGCAGUCGAACUGCGUUCCAUGAUCGAAGACCAAACUUUCUGGGAUGCCGAACCUUGUCACAAUGUUCUUCCAGAUGAAAUCCUUCAUCCGCUUGGCUGUUAUGCUUUUAGUGGGCUCUGCCUCAAUCCACUUAGUGAAAUAGUCAACUGCCACGAUCAGGAAUUUCCUUCCCCCGCUUGCUGCUGUGAAUGGUCCCAGAAUAUCCAUUCCCCACUGGGCAAAUGGUAUGGGGUUGAUGAUUGGCUGUAAGUCAUUAGAGGGUUGGUUGAUCACUGGGGCGAAUUUUUGGCAUUUGUCGCACUUUUUAACAUAUGCUUGAGAAUCACUUACCAUGGUUGGCCAAUAAUAUCCUGCUCUGAGAGCUUUCAAGGCUAAUGUCCUGCCACCUAUGUGGUUUCCACAUAUUCCCUCGUGUAUUUCCUCAAUGACUCGUUGUGACUCCUCUGUUGAUAUACAUCUCAGCAGAGGCAAUGAAAAUGAUUUCUUGUACAGUUUACCCUGGUAAAUGACGAACCAAUGCUCGUUUCGUUUUACUUUUUUCUGCUCCUGCUCUGCUGUGGGAAGGUCCCUUCCCAGCUUGUAUGAGACUAUACUAUCAUACCACUGUGGCUCAGUGUCAAUGAAGUUGACUGCAGGCUUUUUGUCAAUGCUCUUUUCAUCCUGGACCUCUACCAUCACUGUUCUUUCCAAGUCCUGUAGCGUCGAACUUGCUAAUUUGGAUAGGGCGUCUGCUUGACUGUUCUCUGCCCUGGGAACCAGUUGAAUCUCAAAGCUUUCUAGCUGGGCUACUGCUUCUUUCAUCAAGGCCAAGUACCUCUGCAUAGAUGGUUCUCUGGCUUCAUAUUCACCUCUAUAUUGGCUGGCCACCAGCUGUGAAUCGGUUUUGAGCACUAUUUUCUUAGCAUCUGCUGCUUUACACAUCUGGAUUCCUGCGAUUGCCGCCUCAUACUCUGCUUCGUUAUUUGAAGCUUUGAAUUUAAAUUUUAUAGCAUAUUCGAAAAUGUUGCCUUCUGGUGACACCAUUAUGAUACCUGCACCCGAUCCUGUGACUGCGGCGGAGCCGUCUACUGAGAUCUGCCAAGUCCCCAAUGGUUCUUCCUCCUCCUCGUAUGAUGCCUCUGCAAUGAAAUCUGCCAGUGCCUGUGCUUUUAUGGCGGUUCUAGGUUUGUACUCGAUGUCAUAUUCUGAGAGUUCCACUGCCCAUUUCAGGAGUCUACCAGAGGUAUCUAGUCUCUGCAAUGACUUCUCUAAAGGCUGGUUAGUUAACACUUGCACUUUAUGUGCGUCAAAGUAUGGUUUCAACUUUCUGGCAGCUAUCAUGAUGGCGAAGGCCAUUUUUUCAAUCAGGGGGUACCUCUGUUCUGCUGGGUUGAGGAUGUGGCUGACAAAGUAGACUGGCUGCUGGAUUUUAUCCUUCUCGACUACCAGAGCUGCUGCUACAGUUUUCUUGGAGGCAGAGAUGUAUAGCUGUAAUAUGUCCCCCACUUCUGGUCUGGCUAUGGUUGGGAGGCUUUUCAAAUGGUUCUUCACCCCCUUGAAUGCUUUCUCCUGCUCUUCUCCCCAUUUAAAUGUUUUGUUUCCCUUUAGCACCUGGAAAAAGGGGAGAGACUUAUCCGCGGACUUGCUGAUGAACCUGGUGAGUGCUGCCAUUUCCCAGUCAACCUCUGGAUGUCUCGUAUGUUUCUUGGUUCUGGUAGGUUGAGUAUGGCCUCUACUUUUUCUGGAUUGGCAUCAAUUCCUCUUUCACUGACCAGGAAUCCCAAAAAUUUUCCGGACUUAACACCGAACACGCAUUUCUUUGGGUUUAACUUCAUACCAAAUUGCCUCAACGUUGCAAAAGUUUCCUUCAGAUCCUUAAUGUGAUCGCCCUCCUUUUUGCUCUUGACUAUGGAGUCAUCUACAUACACCUCCACGUUUCGGCCCUUUUGUCCUGCGAAUAUUUUGUCUACCAGUUUCUGGUAUGUGGCCCCUGCAUUCUUUAGACCAAACGGCAUAGCCCUGUAGUUGUAAACUCCCGCGUCUGUGAUGAAGGCGGCUUUUUUCCGGUCUGAUUCUAACAAACUGAUCUGGUGAUAGCCCGAAAAGGCAUCCAUGAAACUCAGCAGGGCAUGCCCGCUGGUGGAAUCCACCAGUUGAUCUAUUCUGGGUAGCGGGUAACAAUCCUUCGGACAAGCCCUGUUUAGGUCUGUGAAGUCUACGCACAUCCUCCAUUGACCAUUUGCUUUCUUUACCAUCACGACAUUAGCCAACCAUUCCGGGUAGUCACACUCUUCUAUGAAUUUGGCUGCUAACAGUUUGCUGAUCUCUUCCUGGAUGGCUACAUUCUUCUCUGUCGAAAAAGUUCUCUUCUUCUGUUUUACUGGUCUGACUUCUCUGUUAACAUUCAACCUGUGGACCAUGACGUUGGGAUCAAUCCCUGGCAUUUCGUCGGCAGAGAAGGCAAAUAUGUCCGCGUGCUCUCGCAACAGAUCUAUGAUAUUUACCCUCAGGGAAAGGUCUAUGUCUGUGCCAAUUCGGACUGUUCUGUCCUCUACUCCUUCUUCCAGCUCUAUCUCUUCUGUUUCUUCUGCUGGGGCUGGUUUUAACAGUCCUUCUUCACGAUGCUCAAAAUUCUCCAUGUCCAGUAGUGCGUCUUUUUUACGCUCUGCUCUCUUUCUCUUUCUGGACAAGGGAAUGUCUGCCUCUGCCAGGGGUGGAGGUCUGGGUGGUUGUUUCAUGGCUGUGUGGUAGCAUCUCUUAGCCUGCUCUUGGUUUCCCUUGACCUUAGCUGAUCUGUUAUCAUUCGUUGUGUACAUCAUGGUGAGGUGAUAAGUAGACACCACUGCUCCUGCAUCAUGGAUGAAUGGUCUGCCCAGAAUGGCGUUGUAUGCUGUGGGUACCUUCACUAUCAUGAAAUCAACCAUGACAUCCUUGAUAUCUUUCCCCUGCCCAAUUUGGACAGGUAGGCUAACUAUUCCUUCUGGUAUCACUGUUGCCCCUGUGAAACCAAUUACUGGGUAGCUAACUGGUUUUACGUGCUUUUCGUCAAUCUGCAGCUCUUGGAAAGCUGGCCAGAAUAGAAUAUUUGCAGAGCUUCCUCCGUCUAUCAGGAUUCGAUGGAUUUUUCUGUUAGCCACAUCCAGAGCUAACACCAUUGGGUCAUCAUGGGGAUAAAUUAUGCCCUUACAAUCAUCUUCUGUAAAAGUGCACUGUGAGAUUUUUGGAGGGGCAGGCCAUUUUCCUGAGUUAUGGUAAUUAACCUGGUGUUUAAAUUCGUUCACACUGGCCUUAGCGCCGCUGGCUGUAGUACCAGCGUAAACUGGUCCUCCUGUUAUGACCAGUAUAUCAUUCGACCUCUUCUGAUCUGCUGGGUGGUUCUGCUUUUGCUCUGUCUUUCUGUUAUCAAAUCGAUCCUCAUCAUCCCUGUUUUCGUAGGUCCUGCUGUAUGAGCUCUUUGCCUUAAAUUGUGUUAGGUACCCCCUUCGGAUCAGGUCCUCAAUGUUAUCUUUCAGGUGAGUGCAUUCCUCUGUGAGAUAACCAUGAUCCUUGUGAAAAUCACAGUACUUCUUCGUGUCCCUGUAUUUGUUGUACAUUUUCGGUGGUCUCUGCCAUUUCUCAUCCUCCUUGCUGAUAGCAAAAAUCUGGGUUCUGGAUGCAACCAGAGGAGUGUAUUCGUUGAAUUUGCCUCGCUUUUCAGUUCUGAACUCACUACCCCUUCCUCUGACCUGCCCGUGCCAAUCUUUUCUGGGCUGCUGAUUUUCUCUUUUGUCUGGGUAUUCUUUCUUGUACGGCUCUUUUCUGCUCUGACUACCGUAAUUGUUCUCACUUGCUACAUAUCGUCGUGAGGUUGCUCUGCCAAUCUCUUCACUUUUUAUAAACUCAUUUGCCUUCCCCAGUACCUCUGCCAGGGUUGUGAAUGACUUUCUGCCCAGAUAGCUCUUGAAUUCUCCAUCCCGUAGACCAGUCAUCAUAGCCGGGACUGCUACCUCUUGUUGUAACUUGGGUAUAUUCGAUGCCUCCAUAUUGAAUCUGGAUAUGUACUCCCUCAGAGAUUCCUGAGGUCCUUGGAUGACUGACAUCAGCUCCCCUGUCAUCCUUUCUCUGGCAAUGUUUGCCACAUAUUGGGUGCGAAACAAGAUGGCUAACUGCCGGAAAGAGGUUAUAGUGCCCUUGGGUAUUCUACCGAACCAGCUCUGUGCUAUCCCCUCCAGAGUGGAAGGGAAGACCUUACACCACAUAGAGUCUGUGUUGGUAUACAGCAUCAUGUGUCCUCCAAAGGCAGAGAGGUGAUUCGUUGGGUCUGACUUUCCGGAAUAUUUGCAGGUGGGCAUUUUUAUCUUUUCCAUUUUUUCCGAGAGUAUCUCAUCACAGAAGGGGGAAUUAUCAGGCUUAACUAUUGCUCGGGUGGGAUUUGGCAUACCUGACCCGGAGUGGUGUCUCUGGCUGGGUGCUUGUUCGGUCCUUGCUCUGGGUUGAGCUCUGCUAGGCGUGAUACUUUCUGCCUCAUAUUCUUGGCUGUCAGCCCCUUCCAUCUCCUGCUGCAGAUUCCUCCUCCAGACGUUCGGACUGUUUUGGGGUCUGGGACGUUUUCUCCUCUGCUCAACCUCAACCUCUGGGGCUGUCCUCAUGACCUGGGCUUGUGGUGUUGUCUAAGUAAGGAAGGUCAGGACUUCUAUGGCUGUGCGCAUCUGGUCGGGUGAGAAUUGUGCCCCCAACCGUGCUAGUGAGGCACUGGUUGGAACUGGGAUGCCCGGCCCUGGCUAGGGGUUGCCAUAGCUCUGGGUUGUGGUGUCUCUCUUGGCGGACCAAGACUCUGAGGCAUGCCGAACAAAGGUACGUUUGUGGUUCUCUGGUUGUUUCUUGAGGUGGGUGGUUCUAUCUGUUUGACUAUCGGUUCGCUUGACUCAGUCAUUUUGUGAGAGGGUAGGUCUUUUAAAGGCAAGGUCUGGGAAGUCCCCUCCUUCUAGCGCCACUUGUUCCGAGUGUGGAACCGGGAGGAUGUUCCGAAGUACCUUGGCCCUGUCAAGCAGAGCAAACGUGAGCUAACCUCGGGGGUUUAACCGAGGAAACCCCCUCCGAUGCCUAAGUCAGCAAAUAGAUAAGAAGUCUUUAGAGAGGGAAUAUAGAGAGAAGGUGGAGCAAGUACCGUGUGUAAGAAUGUGUCCCAUCAUGAAUGAUGUGGGUGCUAUUUAUAGGCGUACUAUUCUGUACUUUGGCCUACUUAGAUGCCGCCACGUGUAUGACGGCGAUGUACUUUAUUCCUUGUCGUUGUCGUUUAGCCUGCAGGUCCUUUCUUGGACUGAUGCAGCCUUGCCUAGCUCUGCUCUGUGUCUUUACACGUGAUCUGGGGAGGUAGGGCUGCAUAUACUUGGCUUGGGGUUUAGAGUCUUUCUUUGACUUGGGUGUGCCCUGGGUGUCAGGGUUUGCUCUGUUGUUGAUGUUCUGUCCUCUCUGGAUAUGUUCUGUAAAUUUUAUUGCAACACUAUAUUUAUAUCUUUGGGAGCAGAAGAUGACAUAGAAUGAUCAUUCACAGAUCUACUAUCCUCUGGCACUCUGUAGACUGUAGUAGGAUUGAUCAAGUUUGCUUUAUGUGCUUUGGAUGAUAUUGAAUAUUUACAGCAUCUGAGACAACUAGGAACUAGGAAGCAUGGAGCAGGAUGCUGUAAGCUUACUUUUGCAUUAAUGAGUCUGUUACCUGCAUGACAAAAAAAAGGUUCUCUUAUGUUCUAGUGUUGUUUGAUUGUAUAUAUCCGUGUAUGUAUUAAUAUUGUAUCCAUUACUACUCUGAAGAAUGUAAGAAUACUUACCAUGUUCUGGAAUGAUAAGAAACUACGGAGUUACUACCUUGUGCAA